AUGAAGCCUUUGUCGUUGAAAGGUCAUGAUCGUGCAUUAACUAGAGUUCGUAUUAAUCGAGAAGGUGAUCUAUUGUUCUCAGCUGGAAAAGAUAAAAGUCCUUGCGUGUGGUAUAUAGAAAAUGGUGAACGAAUCGGGACAUAUGAUGGUCAUAAUGGUGUGAUAUGGGAUAUCGACGUUUCUUGGGAUACGCAACAUGUCUGCUCCGCUUCUGGUGAUGUCUUCGUCAAGUUAUGGGAUUGUGAAACGGGUGAAGCGAUCAAUUCAAUUCAAACGCCAACAGCAGCUAGAUCGAUCAGUCUGUCUUACAGUGGGAAUCUGAUUGCUUUCACAACUAUAAAAAUGACUCAAAAUAUGGCUUCCCUAUGUGUAUAUGAUAAACGAGAUGGAGCACAAAUGAAAGGCGAAAAUCAGCCAACAUUUAAGAAAUCUCUUCUUACGCAGGCUAAUUCCUGUGUGUGGACUCAUUUAGACGAUACUGUGUGCAUAGGUGGUAAUGAGAAAGGAAAUAUUCAUCAAUAUGAUAUACGCAAAGCAGAUGAUAUCGUAAAUUUUAAUGAUGAAGCUCAUAAGUUUCAAAUUAAUGAUAUGCAAAUGAGUGUUGAUCAGUGUUUUUUGAUAACGGCUUCAAAAGAUAAAACAGCACGUUUAUUUGGUGCAAGAACAUUAGAUUGCUUAAAAACAUAUAAGGCUGAACGUCCAGUGAAUUCAGCUGCUAUUUCACCAACUCGAGAUCAUAUUAUUUUGGGUGGUGGUGAAGAAGCAAUGAAAGUUACUCAAACAACAACAUCUUCUGGUCACUUUGAAGCAAAGUUAUAUCAUUUAGUUUUUGAAGAGGAAUUUGCUCGUUUCAAAGGUCAUUUUGGUCCAAUAAAUACUUUGGCUUUUCAUCCAAAUGGUAAUGGUGUUAUAUCAGGUGGUGAAGAUGGCUACGUUCGUAUUCAAGAAUUCGAUUCAGAUUACCUUAAAUUUGAUUAUGAUUUCUAA